GAACAGAACAGCAUACAGCAUGUUCCUACUCCGAGAUAACCAUUUUAACAUUUAGAACCAGUAUUUUGGGCGACUGUUUCACGUAUAUCAUUGAGAUGCGAUGCGCUUUUCAUUGAGGAGCAGCGGACUGGCGCGAGCGCGUUAUUAUUAAUCAGCUUUCAUAAGGCGCGCGAGCUGGACGCUUCUGUUAGACAGGUGUUUCGUUUGUGUUUCGACCACCUGCUCUGGUACCAUGAUGUUAGGGCAGUCUCCACACCUUAUCGGGGGAAUCCACUGGAUUCAAAACCCAAUGCGAGCUGUUCACUGCAAUCUGACCCAGAAUGGGAUUGACCAUCAGAUGUGUGCAGAGGAUGUGACCUCACACCUGGAGGAAGUGUCUGUUGAUCAUGGACUGGAUGAUGACAGCCAAGGCUUUCAGGACCAGAGUCCUGGUUUCCAGAGGCGAUCUCCACCUCAGCGCUCCGUCUCAGAAUCUGAGCUCUCCAGGCCGGGAACUAUGAAGCUGUCCAAACCAGUGGCGCUGUGGAGCCAGCAGGACGUGUGUAAAUGGCUGAAGAAACACUGUCCCAAUCAACACCAAGUCUACAGUGACUCCUUCAAGCAGCACGACAUCACAGGACGAGCUCUGAUGAGGCUCACUGACAGGAAGUUGGAGCGUAUGGGCAUCAUGCAGGAGAGUCAGAGACAGUACAUACUACAGCAGGUCCUCCAGCUCCGCGUCAGAGAAGAGGUCCGUACUCUGCAGCUGCUCACGCAAGCUUCUCUGGAGAGUUCACCAUAACUUGAGCAUUCCUGGAGAUCCUCCGUUCCUUGUCCAUCUUCUCAGACAUCCACAGCACACACCAGACUCUGCAGUCUUCCUUCAGUCCAGUUCUCUUAAAACUCUCCUAAAGCAGAUCUAGACCCUCCCUCUGACAGUCAUAAAAAUGGAUCCAACUGCUCUUCAGUAGCUCUUUACAGCAUAUCAGAUCCAAACUCUAAGAAUCGCCUGGACUGCCAAUGUUCUCUGUUGGACAAUGUGAAAGACCUGCUUGCUGAAUUAUCUUGUUUGUUGUAUGUAAUCCUUUCUUCUAUCUAGAUAGAUGGCUAUAUAGCUAAUAUAGCUAAUUUGUCUGUCUGUCUAUCGAUCUAUUUUAGCUAGCUAGCUAGCUAAUUAGCUAUCUUUAUAUCUAACUUGAUUAUAUAGCUAUCUGUAAUUGAAAUAUACAUUUAUAGCUAGCUAUGUAGCUUAUUAGCUAUCUGGAUAGGUAAUCAAUAUGUCUAGCUGGCUUUCUAGCUAUCUCUUCACCUGUUAACAUUCUAACGGAAAAGCAACAUGUGGACUCCACCCUUUGCACGUCUGAAUAUUGCUCGUCUUAUCCUCUCUCUUGUGUCUGCUGUCUCUUAGUAUUAUGUAAACUGUCUGGUCGGCUUG